CUUGUGUCUGUCUUGACAUGUGGAGCUCACCAUACUUUCUCUUCGUGAAGUUGUAAACACUAUUUGGAUGGCUCGGGUCACCCAUCCAAAAUGGGUCCAAAAAAGUUUCCCAAAACCAAUAAGUAACACCCUUAGUUAGAAAUCCUUAAAUUUUAGGGUGAAAAAACACCCACUUUAGUUGAGAGAAUUAGCAAAUUUAGCCCAACAAUAACUCUACUUGUAUUGGGUUAAAGGAGAGCGUGAGGAUGGGAAAAAAACAGAGCGUUGUAUUUGUUUCUUCUUCUUCAUCUUCUUCCUUUGAUCUCACUAUGACAGUUUAUAUAUAGUUUCCAAAUACUGUCCUCUGCUACUCGCCGCCAUUACUACUCUCCUCUGUUUCUUCUUCCUCCUCUCUCAUAGCUUCUCGCCGGAAAACCAUUGUUUUGUCUCUGUAAUUCGACAAUGGCGUCUGCAAUUUCUCUUUGCUCUGUUUUUGUUGUUGUUCUUGUUCUGAUUCAGUGGGUCAACUCGGAGCCGACUCAGGACAAACUUGCCCUUCUCGAUUUCCUCUCUAAAGCUCCUCACGCCAAUCGGCAUCAAUGGAAUACCUCCAAUUCCGUCUGUAAUUGGAUCGGCGUUCAGUGCAAUUCCAAUCAGUCGUUUGUUUAUUCCCUCCGUUUGCCCGGCGCUGGCCUCGUCGGUACGAUUCCGGCCAACACGAUCGGUAAAUUGACUCAGCUUCGAGUUCUCAGCCUUCGCUCUAAUCUUCUCUCCGGCAAGAUCCCGUCGGAUUUUUCUAAUUUGGUAAUGCUGCAGAAUCUGUAUCUUCAGGAUAAUGCAUUCUCCGGCGAGUUUCCGCCCAGUUUGACUCGUUUGACUCGGUUGACUCGGCUGGAUUUGUCGUCGAAUAACUUUUCCGGUACGAUUCCGGCGGCCGUCGACAAUCUGACCCACUUGACGGGGAUUUUCUUGCAGAACAAUGGGUUCUCCGGUUCAAUCCCGAGAAUCUCGGCCGUUAAUUUAACAAACUUCAACGUCUCUAACAACAAACUCAACGGCUCGAUUCCAAAACCGUUAGUGAAAUUCCCAACCUCCUCCUUCGCCGGAAAUCUAAAUCUCUGCGGCGGACCAUUCCCCUCCUGCAACCCAUCCACCUCUCCAGCACCGCCGCCACAAAACCCACCAGCCGUCACUGUCGGGAAACCAAAAAACCGGUCCACAGCUGCCAUAAUCGGGAUCAUCAUCGGCGGUGUCUUCGCCGCAAUUCUCCUCCUCCUCUGUAUCCAGCGCCGCUCCCACCAUCCAGCGAAGUUCCGGAAGCCAUCGGCGGCGGCGAGCGCAAUCUCGAUAGUGGAGGCCGGGACGUCGUCGUCGAAAUACGACAUUACCGGAGGGUCGGUGGAGGCGGCGGAGAGGAACAAGCUGACGUUCUUCGAAGGGGGAAAUUACAAUUUCGAUUUGGAGGAUUUGUUGAGGGCUUCGGCGGAGGUGCUGGGGAAAGGAGACGUGGGAACGUCGUAUAAGGCGGUGCUGGAAGAAGGGACGACGGUGGUGGUGAAGCGGCUGAAGGAUGUGGCGGCGACGAAGAAGGAAUUCGAGAUUCAAAUGGAAGCUUUGGGGAAGAUUAAACAUCAAAAUGUGGUUCCGCUUCGAGCUUUUUACUUCUCCAAUGAUGAGAAAUUGCUGGUUUUUGAUUAUAUCUCCACCGGAAAUUUGUCGGUGAGCCUUCACGGUAACAGAAGCUCCGGCAGGACACCAUUAGAUUGGGAUUCAAGAAUGAAAAUAGCUCUAAGCGUGGGCAGGGGACUUGCCUAUCUCCACCUCCCCUGCAACCUGGUUCACGGCAACAUUAAAUCCUCCAACGUCCUUCUCCGGCCACACCACGACGCCUGCAUCACUGACUUCGGCCUCAACCCAUUCUUCGCCACCGCCACGCCGCCGAAUCGUCUCGCCGGUUACCGAGCGCCAGAGGUACUGGAAACCCGUAAAGUCACCUUCAAAUCCGACGUUUACAGCUAUGGCGUCCUGCUCCUCGAGCUCUUGACAGGUAAAGCCCCCAACCAACAGUCCCUCGGCGAAGACGGCAUCAACCUUCCCCGGUGGGUUGAGUCCGUCGUCCAGGAGGAAUGGACGGCGGAGGUUUUUGACGUUGAAUUGAUGCGAUUCCACAACAUUGAAGAAGAGAUGGUUCCGUUGCUUCAAGUUGCAAUGUCUUGCGUUUCCACCGUCCCCGAUCAACGACCAACGAUGUCAGAAGUUGUACGGAUGAUCGAAGACAUGAACAGAAGUGAGACUGAUGACGGGUUGCGCCUGUCUUCCGAUGACCCCUCUAAAGGCUCCGAUGUUAACAUGUCGUCGGCUGAAUCGAGAACUCCGUCAUAGAAAAGGAAAAGGGAAAACUU